UUGAAAUAAUGUCUAAAUCCAGUUCACAAAAAGGCAUCUCUAGGGUUAUGAAGUUUUGAUUUACAGUAGACUCUAGUAAGAGUCACAUCAAAUGAAGAGUUGUAAUACCAAGCAGGGCAAGGGCAUCUGAAUUGUAUGUGACUGUAAACAGAGUUUGCAAUCUAAUGUGAAGUUCUUUUAGCUAAAAACAUCUGAAGAUGCUUUUUACAGAGCCAUAAAAUCAAGAAGAGAGGAACAUAGAAACCAUGGAACUUAUUAGGCAGCAUAAAUCUCACGCAUUUGAAAAACAAAACUUGGUAGGACAUGGCCUUUUAUGACAAACUGGGUUUGUUUUCCUCUGACGUUAUUUCCUUUUCCUAUCCUUUCAAGAAGGAUAUCAAAAGUAGAGAAGCUCAACCUUUUCUAAUGACAGUUGGUGGUGUGAGUGGAAUGGGAUUUAAUAUCACAAGAACAGGUUAUUUCCAGGCCCUCUUAUCCCAGCCCCUGGCCUUAAGCAUUUCUCUUUGACCUGAAUGAAUUGCAAUAUUUCAAUAAGGGGGAUUUGCUGCAGAACAUGGUAUCUUUUUUAGAAUAAAAAUUAUGCGACUGUGUUUUAUGAAUCGCAUAAAAAUUCUAGCCCAGGGUAUCAAAAUUACUGACAUUUAUAAACAAGAAAUGUAUGAGAAUAGCUUACUCUGUUUUUUGGAGUUUUCUUAGAAAGAGCAUGUUCCAGUUACAUUUGCUAAUGGUAAAUAUCAUUGGAUCUGGUUUAUUUUGGCAUAAUUGUGACAUAUUUUUGGCAAAACUUUUAUGGGACAGGGUAUGAUUUUGGCAUAAUUUUUAGGUGAAAGGGUACUGAAUGCUUAUCAUAUUCUUUAUGAAAAAAGUUUUCUGCACAUCAGUUCACUUUCCUGCCAAACCCGGGCAUGUCCCUCGCUUCAAUUUCAACUUCCAAAUGAUCAAAGCAAAGGAAGCCUUUUGUUUACAAACAGCUUGAAUAUUCCCGCGCGCGCAUAGAAAAUCCUAUGAGAAUCACGUGAACAUAUGGAAACGAGACUCGUUUUAUUAUGAUGAGAAAACAUUCCGUUUUUGAAAAAAUCUGCUUGAGGAAUUAGCAGGCUCGAAGAACUUAAAUUUAAUGGUUUAUUUGGAAACGUUCUGAAAUGGAUGGGACUGCUAAAGGAUUGAAUUCUGCUGAAGGCAUCGAUGAGCAAGGAGCUGAGGCGACACAGGAGGUCGACUUGGACACAUCAAUUAAAUCGGAAGAGGAAGAGGCCGCCAUUGAGCAACGAAAGGAAAAAAUCAGAAAAGAAAUCAAAGAGCUAGAAGAUGAUGUCCAGACUCUGAAGCAAGCAGUUUUCAGGAAAGAAGCUCAUCUUUCUGCACUAAGAAAAGAACUGGGUGUGACAAGAUGGUCUCAGUUCAAAGAUGGUUUAAGUGAAAAGUAUCAAGCCUAUCAGAAUUCAGAAAUAUACAACAAGCUAUCAGCUGCCUCUGCAAGUACAAAGCAAACUCUGGGUGCUGCAGGAGAAAAAACAUCAACGGCUCUAAAGAAUUUUGGAAAUGCAACUGCUAAGAAAUGGCAGGAUAUAAGGGAAUCACCUACCUUUCAUUCAAUGGAAGAAAAAAUGUGGGCCACAACUGGGGCCAUUAAGAAGACAAUGCUCGGUGUAACAAUGUCAUCCAGAAGAGCAAUAACUAGAAACUAGCUUAUAGCAAAGCACAUGAAUUACAUAUUAAAUUAUUGUUAAAGCAUGUAUGUUGUAAAAUGACUUGUGAAUCCAUAUUACAAUUAUGCAUUAUGAAAGGUCCAGGUCAUUAUACUGUUGAUGAAUAACCAUUUAAGCUCUGGUAAUGCAACUUUGUCCAAACAUUUAGUGUAACAAAGAUUAAAGCAUCUAACCAAAUAGUUUUAGUUGAAAUUAAGCUGUGAUAUGAAAGUAAAUCAAUUUUAAGUAACUUUAUCUCAAUGACUUGUUAUAAAUUCUACACAUAAUAUGUAAAGCUCUCAAUUUUUUUAAAUUAAAUAUUAGUGUAUAAUAGGGUCCUAAACUUCUACUCAUUAGUCCUUAUAUUGGAGGUACUCAGCUGCUUCUUCACUUUCCAAAACACCUUUUUGAUAUGGGUAUUUACCUUGCUUGCUUUAGUUGCUUAAAAUGAUAUCUUGACUUCACACGUAAUAUGGUUUAAAAUUUUAAUCAUUCAUUGAACCAUUAAAUCUCAAGUUUUAUUUGUUUACAAGAAAGUAAGCUUUAUUAACAACGUAUUUGGCACAAUGAUUUCAUAUCCUACAAAUAGGAGCCCUUUUGCCUGAAAUUCAAUAGCUAAAAUAUAAAUGUUAUUUACAGCUUCUUAUACCUUUCAAAUCAUUUAGGUAUAAGCAUGAAACUCACCUAGAUUUUUAAUGAAGCUUUUAAGCAAAUGAUCUUGCUGAACAAGUACCACCUGUUGUUCAUUUUGAAGCCUUUCCAAGUUAUUUAAGGAAUUGAGCUACAAGUCUUUUUGUUUUAGAAUUUCAGUAUUUUAUUUUUCACCUUGUAUUUUUUUGUGCCUAAAGGUCAUCUCAAAACCCUGUUAAAAUGUAGAUUCUCCAUUGUCCUUGCAUUUAUCUCACAUUUCUCUGUUUUCUGUAAAUAAUCAAUUUAAAUUAUUUUCCAUAUGUUAAGUUAGA